CCCAUGCUUAGCCUCACCUUAGGGCGGAUUCCUCGGCCUCCUCAGCCUCGUCCUAAGAUGUGGGUCAGUUGUGGCUGAAUCUCCGAGGUGCACGUACCACCUGCCACUCUUGCCAUCGUGCCAUCUUUGCGCUUCGUUUGGGAAGGAAGAGCUCCACUGACGGUAUUUGGCGAUUUCUUCUGGAAAUCUGUCAACGACCACUUGACACGACUCACACUAUCCAAGCGUUCCACCCCUAGUCGGCCGUUUCGCGCAGGGUAUCCCACCACCAGGGGACAGACUCUCAGCAACCCGACACUUUCCUCAUUCCUUUGCUUUGCUAUCGCCAGAAACAGCGAUAGUGGCAGCAACAGCGACAGCAAUCAUGGCCGACAAGAUGGGCUCCUUCACAAAGUUCCUCGAAUUCAUCAUGACCCCCUCGACGCCCGUAAUCCUCAUCGGCGCCGCCAUCGUCCUCCUCUUCCCCAUCCUCCUCCACUACAUCCUCAUCAAAUCAACACCCUACACAACUCUCCCCUCCGUCCUCCUCCUCGGCCCCGCCGGCGCAGGCAAGACCGCCCUCCUCACCCUCUUCGAACGAGGCGACGCCCCCGCGACAACCCACACGAGCCAGCGGCCCCAGACCGUCGAGCUCACGGCCUCGCGCGACAGCAAGACAGCCCAGAGCUUCCGCAACCACGAAGACACGAGCGGCACACACACCAAGUUCCUCCUCGUCGAUACACCCGGCCACGGAAAGCUUCGCAACUACGCUCUCGGCAAGCUCGCCAGCGGUGCUGGAGGCGGUAGCGGCAGCAAGAACUCCAAGAUCAAGGCCAUCGUCUUUAUGGUCGACGCCGCCGCCAUUGGCGAGAACGAGGCCCUCGCGCCUACGGCGAGCUAUCUCUACGAAGUCCUCCUCGGCCUGCAGAAGCGCGCGGCGUCAAGCAAGUCGUCUAAGCCGCCCCCGCCUAUCCCCGUCCUCGUCGCCGCCAACAAGACGGAUCUGUUCACGGCGCUGCCUGGCGCACUGGUCAAGUCGAACCUCGAGGCUGAGAUUACGCGGAUACGGUCGUCGCGCAGCAAGGGCCUGUUGGAUUCCGGUGUCGGCAUUGAUGAUGUUGGUUCAGAGGAGAAUGACGAUUGGUUGGGCGCGUAUGGUACGGAGAAGUUCACCUUUGAUCAGCUGCGCGAGUUUGAUGUGGAUGUGGACGUCAUCGCGGGCAAUGUUACGGGAAGCGCGACGGGCCCCGAUAAGUGGUGGUCUUGGAUCGCCCAGCGGAUAUAAGGUAGUGACCAUCGCAGCAGGGGGAGGGGGGCACUUAAUAAUAAAAGCACUUAAUGUUUCGAUGAUGAUGAUGUGCUUGGAUGUUGAUGUGAUGCGCAAAAAUUGUUUGGUCGUGAUUCUAUCCUUAUAGGAUCAGACUGGCUGCCCUGUUCUCUAUGUAGAUGUUGAGUCUACUCCCAUCCCAAGAUUUUCAAGCAAAUGCUGCCAACCGGGGUCAGUUGAUGCGACCCAAGAUUUGCCCCUGCCACCUUUGCUAUGCCCGCUUUCAAAACGCCGAUAACGAGGAAAAAAAGCAACAUCAUCCGCAUCCUCUUGCCUAGUCUUGAUACUCUAUAUA